AUGACACCAAUAACGCCUUUCCGCCCUCCCGCAUCGCGCUCCAACGCCCGCCCCCAAUUCGCAUCGACGCCUCGUUUUGUCUUUUCGCAGCCGCAGAGCAGUUCGACUCAGAGUCGGGAUGGUGAUAAGGAUUUGGUUGAUGAUAUUUCGAAUGAUUCGCCCUCGACUGUUCGAUAUGCCGAUAGAGAUACUGCGCGGGGAGAUGUGAUUGAGGAUGUGGAGGAAGAUGAACACGACACCAGUGCUGGUCCGAGUAUUAUCGAUGAGGAGCUCGAUAGUACACCUCCUGCUUCUGUGGAACUUGACUCCGAGUUUGAAGACCUAUUCGGGCCCCCGGAGCGCACGAAGAGGAGGCGGAUUUCGCCGGCGCCAGAGCCGGACGAUAGGCCGGCUUCGCGUGAUUAUGGGGGGGGACGAGAUGAUGCUAUCUUGACUUCCUCGCCUGGUCACGACUUACAGUCGUCGUGGAAUGAAGAACCACCCGUCACACCUUUUCCGCGUCGCCCAAGGCCCACGCAACAACCUCAGUUCCAAGAUGAAGGUAUACCAGCAGGAACACCCAAACCCUCAACACCGGCCACGACAAAACCCGCUUUCCGUCACCAUCCUCGCUUCCUACUCUCCCAACAACCACCAUCAAGUACUCAGUCAGCACCCGCUUCAGCACCGAUAUUCGCAUCACAACUCCCGUCCUCCACCCCGCGGCGCAAACCAGCCUUCGUAUUACCCCGCUCGCCCUCGCCCUCAGCGACUCAAGAAGAUACUGCGUCUCUACCGACUCCGUUUUCGCCGUCGUCGCGUACGCUUCAUAGACGCGGUCGUGCUCGACAUGAUGUUCCCGGGUAUGUGCCGGGUGGCAUGGCGGCUGAGGUUCGAGGUUGGGUGUUGGAGAUGGGGACGAAAAGGGAGCAGUUGGAUAGCUCUGUGGUAAGGUUUGGUGCGCAGGUGGGGGUGGAUUCGAGGAAGUAUUUGGUGACUACGAGGAUUGUCAAGGUUGUGAGGAGUGUGUUGAGGAGUUCAGGGCCGGUGGCUUUUGUUGAAGCUGAACUACUUUCAGAGGGGUCGAUAUCGGUGGAUGAUGGAAGACGGAACAUUCUUCUUAUGGGUUCACCACGGUCUCGACCUGGAGAUUCUGAGCUCGCGCAGGGCAGUGUGGUUGGUGUGUACCGAGGGCUGGUUUGGGAAAUUGAGCUGGACAGGGACGGUGUAGAUGCCUUGUCAAGGAAAGACGGGGUGGAUGUAGGUAAUUUAGGUGACUACCAGUCUUCAAAUGCAAAUGACCGCGAGCGAUGGCUUGUGGUCAUGGAGUGGGAUUUACUCAAUGCACCAGCAUAA